GCAUCGGGUGCUGCGAACUCCAGCUCCGAGGAGUUCAGACUGAACCCCGGUACUGCAAAAUGGCAUUUCGGCGCAAGGACCGGCGAGGUGGGGAAGCUCUGGGACUCCCAUGAGAAAAGCGUUUAGCGCAUUGAUCGGCUCGAAUUUCAGAUGCGACGGGCAAGGAGCGCGUCUUGAAAAGGGAAUCUGGCAUAAAAAGCCUCCCAGCUCCCCCCCUCCUUUAGCGUUGCGUCAUGGAAAAACAAGCUUCCUUCUCCAACUGCACCUAAAACCGUCAUCUGUGUAGUUCAAAGAGUUGCAGCGCGCCGACUUCACAGCAGCAGUCGUUUGACACGGAAGCUCCGAAUUCCAGGACGGAGGGAAACUGGUGGAUAUUGAUCAGCAUGGUGCUGGAAUCAUGGACGGCGAGGGUCGCCCUCGGCUUCCUGGCGGCUUUGCUGGCAUAUCUCUGGAAGAUCAACCGCGCCAUGUCAACGAUCCAUCCUGAGGCUCUGCGGGUGUCGCCGGAUCGAUGGACGCCAGAGAAAGUCAAGCGUACCUUUGAGCGCAUGGAAAAACAGCCCGUUAACUGGACUCCGCACUUACCGCCGAAAUUGGAUCGUCGAUACAUCAUUGUUGGAGGCUCUGGCCUGGUAGGAGGGCAGCUGGCUAUCCAGCUCAUUGCGCGUGGCCAUCCGCCAGAGGCUAUUCGAAUCAUUGACUUCCGUAAGCCUGGCCGCGACGAUAUGAGUGAGGGUCCGAUAUCUAGAGUUGAUUUCGCUCAAGCCGAUAUUUCUUCUGAAUCAGCAACCUCUGCCGCAUUUGGUAGAUCGUGGCCACAGUCGGUAGCACAUCUUCCAUUGACCGUAUUCCAUACCGCCGCAGUCAUUCGUCCCUCAGAGCGUAGCCAGCUGGUCUACGAACGCUGCUCCCUCGUCAACACUAAGGGAACCGCCCAUGUUCUUGCCGCAGCUAGGACUUCGGGAGCAGAUGUUCUCGUCUUUACCUCGUCUUGUAGUGUGGCGUUGAAACCCACCAAAUUCUUCAAUGCUCCAUGGAGUUGGUGGCCGACCAACUUCUUCCAGGUCCUUGAUGAAGUGGACUUCAAGAAGCCGAUGCGUCCUCACGAGGAGUUCUUCGCCAACUAUGCCAGAAGCAAGGCCGAAGCCGAGCGGCUCGUUUGCAGCGCGAACAAGGUGCCACAAGACCCCACGCAGGGAGGGGGCUUUCGCACCGGCGCUAUCCGGCCAGGAAAUGCCAUUUACGGCCACAAGGACGAUUACCUGGUUGGAGCGACAGUACGCAUGGCCAGUUUCCCUACCUUCACAGCGCCCUUUAUGCAGAAUUGGGUCCAUGGGGCCAACGUAGCUCUCGCCCAUCUGCAGUACGAAGCAGCCCUGCUCGGCCCUCACGCGCACAAAGUGGCUGCCCGCCCAUUCCUUGUCACAGAUGGAGGACCGCCUCCGGUUUUCAAGGACUUUUACACACUCGUGCAGUCGGUCAGCGUGACACCCUUUCACGUGCAAUACCCGCCGCCACUGAUUUUGCUGCUCUUGGCUCAUUGCAUAGAGGCCUAUUGCUUGUUGCUUUGGAAGGUGCCAGCGUUGCAGAAUAUCUUCUCGGAACCCGGAUUGCCGUUGUACAUGCUGCAGCCCGCUUCCGUGGCAGGUGCCAUCAAUGCUAUUAUCAACGAUGCUGACGCUCGUCGACGACCAGAGGAGGGCGGAUUGGGAUACCAGGCCAAGUGCACGACCAUGGAGGGACUGUGUAUGCAGCUCGGCGCAUGGAAUAGGUGGGUGAAGAGCGGAGGCGAGAAAGUCAGAAGCGAGAAGGGCAUCGUCAAGGAUGUUCUUGAAGUUGGAGUCGAGCCUGUUGCGAGGCGAGCAUGAGGUCAUAAACUUCAGCCGGCGGUCGACUGCUGGAGAUCCCUUUUGGUGCAUGUCGAAUGAAUUCAGAUUUCAUCUUCGACGACGAAUCCCAGAGAGUGGAGUAUCCAGGUUUUGCUGGCGCCGUACAUAGGAAAAAGUUGUAGCUCUUGAAGAAUCGUGCAGCUUCCCGUCGUCGGCAGUAGCUUGGCAGUGUCUUGAUCCAAGCUUCAGGUGUUGACCAUGUAAAUGCCAUACACUUGUCGACAGGAUGACAGGUGACGUCUUGACCCGGCACGGAGAUCCGGAACCUGGAUCCUCGUCCGGCCCCCACAACCCCGGCUUGCCAAGUUGGCGGCGCUGGGGGCAGCUGCAUGGCGCUCCGAAGAUCACUCCUUGGGGUUCU